AUGAUUAUUUUGUUUCUUAUUGUUCUUAUUGGGUUGAAGACUUCAGGAAUAGGAGCACAAUCUAUUGGAAUAUGCUAUGGGAGAGUGGCAAACAACUUACCUCCUGCAAAGGAAGUAAUAGAUCUUUACAAAUCAAAUGCUCUUGAGAAAGUUGGAGGUGCUAAUUUGGAAGUAGUCAUAUCAGAAAGUGGAUGGCCUUCUCAUGGUGAUGUUGCUGCAUCAGUUGAAAAUGCACAAAUCUACUAUGAGAAUUUAAUUAAGCAUGUUUCUAAUGGGACUAUUAGUAGACCUAAUCAAGCAUUAGAAACUUAUUUAUUUGCCAUGUUCGAUGAAAAUAAAAAAGGACCUGCUGAAAUAGAGAGACAUUACGAUGUCUCGUCACUGCAGUCAGAGUUUGUUGUGCUCGAAAGAGCCGUAAUGCUUGUUGUGCUUUGUUGUUGCAGGGAUAGUUGGUCCGUGGAUCUGUCCGUGUUGGCGGUCAGUUCAUAUACCAUGUCUGAAAAGAUGGGUUUGGUUUUGUUCAGAUCCGUCUCUGGUUUGAUUAUGAUGCUCGCGAAUGUAUUGCUCCUCCAAGAUCAUGAUGUGCUUCGUAACAUGUCUUCUAGGCUAGAAAUAGUCAUGUACAUGUUGUCCAUUGUUGUUGCGAAUGGAGGGUACGGGUGUUACCGUGUUGGCGGUGCUCAGACUCGUUGA